AUGGGAUCUGCCACCCCGAGUGCGGCUGGGGUGGCGGAUCUUCAGGUGAUCCUUAUUUCCUAUGAAUUCAACACCAGGAAGUUUUCAAUGGUCAUCACCAGACGCAGCGUCCUACCACAGCUUCAACAGCAGGCAGCACUCGGACACUGCCGACAACUAGUCCCCUUAGUGUGUGUGCUGGGAGGACCUGAGCCACCUCCACCCCACCCUGCCCUGACACACUGGAUCCCCACCAAACCUCUCCCUGCCCCUCCCUGUGGGGGAGGAGGAGGUCUGCGCCCCGCCCGCCCCGGCCCAAUCACCUUCAGGCUUGGGGCAAAGGGUGCGCUGCGGCUGCCCCGCCCUGACCUGAAGGGCUUCCUGCCACAGGAGGAGGAGGAGGAGGAGGAAGAGGCGCGGGUGCCCCCCCGGGGGACACGACAGCGGCUACGACGAGCCCUCCGUCCUGCACCCCCCGGCCCCCGAGCCCCGCCCCACCCACCAUCAGCCACACCAGUCCCUACCACAGCCUCUGUCCCCCGCCCCACACCAGGAGCGACUCAGAGCUGCCCUCCGCUGCGCCCCCUGCUCCCCCUAAAGCAGCAGCAGCAGCAGCAACAGCCACAGCAGGUGUACAGCUGGCCCUACCCUCCACAACCACAGCAGUUCCAGUACCCUUAUGAUGCAGCUGAGGGGACUGACACUGCCACCACCACCACCACCACUGCCACCACCGCCACAACAAGGGUUAUUCAGGUGUUGCCCCAAUAUGCUUCAACCCCACAGCCCCACUCCCCCAUGACAGUGCAGGCAGGGAAUGUCAUACAGGCUACCACCACCAUGACCACCAUGACCACCACCACCACCAUGACCACCGCCACCACCACCACCACCACCACCACCACCACCACCACCACCACCACCACCACCACCACCACCACCACCACAGCACUCAGCGUGGCACAGAAGGAACAGAGCCAGGCGGAAAACAAGGACUAAGAUCCACUGCCACUUCCAAAUAAGAGGUGAACCAGGCCAACACAAGACAGAUGGGAUGCAAGAACACUGUUGACACAUCAAUACUUCAUACAAGGCAAUAAAGCGGCUACCACCACCAUGACCACCAUGACCACCACCACCACCAUGACCACCGCCACCACCACCACCACCACCACCACCACCACCACCACCACCACCACCACCACCACCACCACCACCACCACCACCACCACCACAGCACUCAGCGUGGCACAGAAGGAACAGAGCCAGGCGGAAAACAAGGACUAAGAUCCACUGCCACUUCCAAAUAAGGCUACCACCACCAUGACCACCAUGACCACCACCACCACCAUGACCACCGCCACCACCACCACCACCACCACCACCACCACCACCACCACCACCACCACCACAGCACUCAGCGUGGCACAGAAGGAACAGAGCCAGGCGGAAAACAAGGACUAAGAUCCACUGCCACUUCCAAAUAAGAGGUGAACCAGGCCAACACAAGACAGAUGGGAUGCAAGAACACUGUUGACACAUCAAUACUUCAUACAAGGCAAUAAAGCGGCUACCACCACCAUGACCACCAUGACCACCACCACCACCAUGACCACCGCCACCACCACCACCACCACCACCACCACCACCACCACCACCACCACCACCACCACCACCACCACCACCACCACCACCACCACAGCACUCAGCGUGGCACAGAAGGAACAGAGCCAGGCGGAAAACAAGGACUAAGAUCCACUGCCACUUCCAAAUAAGAGGUGAACCAGGCCAACACAAGACAGAUGGGAUGCAAGAACACUGUUGACACAUCAAUACUUCAUACAAGGCAAUAAAGCGGCUACCACCACCAUGACCACCAUGACCACCACCACCACCAUGACCACCGCCACCACCACCACCACCACCACCACCACCACCACCACCACCACCACCACAGCACUCAGCGUGGCACAGAAGGAACAGAGCCAGGCGGAAAACAAGGACUAAGAUCCACUGCCACUUCCAAAUAAGGCUACCACCACCAUGACCACCAUGACCACCACCACCACCAUGACCACCGCCACCACCACCACCACCACCACCACCACCACCACCACCACCACCACCACCACAGCACUCAGCGUGGCACAGAAGGAACAGAGCCAGGCGGAAAACAAGGACUAAGAUCCACUGCCACUUCCAAAUAAGAGGUGAACCAGGCCAACACAAGACAGAUGGGAUGCAAGAACACUGUUGACACAUCAAUACUUCAUACAAGGCAAUAAAGCGGCUACCACCACCAUGACCACCAUGACCACCACCACCACCAUGACCACCGCCACCACCACCACCACCACCACCACCACCACCACCACCACCACCACCACCACCACCACCACCACCACCACAGCACUCAGCGUGGCACAGAAGGAACAGAGCCAGGCGGAAAACAAGGACUAAGAUCCACUGCCACUUCCAAAUAAGAGGUGAACCAGGCCAACACAAGACAGAUGGGAUGCAAGAACACUGUUGACACAUCAAUACUUCAUACAAGGCAAUAAAGCGGCUACCACCACCAUGACCACCAUGACCACCACCACCACCAUGACCACCGCCACCACCACCACCACCACCACCACCACCACCACCACCACCACCACCACCACAGCACUCAGCGUGGCACAGAAGGAACAGAGCCAGGCGGAAAACAAGGACUAAGAUCCACUGCCACUUCCAAAUAAGAGGUGAACCAGGCCAACACAAGACAGAUGGGAUGCAAGAACACUGUUGACACAUCAAUACUUCAUACAAGGCAAUAAAGCGGCUACCACCACCAUGACCACCAUGACCACCACCACCACCAUGACCACCGCCACCACCACCACCACCACCACCACCACCACCACCACCACCACCACCACCACCACCACCACCACCACCACCACCACCACCACAGCACUCAGCGUGGCACAGAAGGAACAGAGCCAGGCGGAAAACAAGGACUAAGAUCCACUGCCACUUCCAAAUAAGAGGUGAACCAGGCCAACACAAGACAGAUGGGAUGCAAGAACACUGUUGACACAUCAAUACUUCAUACAAGGCAAUAAAGCGGUAUGUAUCAUCAUGCUUUAGUGUAUGAGAGCAUU